GACUACGUUUCCCAGGGCCCCCUGCUGCUCCGCCGGUCCACGGGCCGGGCUGGACUGUCAAUCAGGGGACGUCAGCGAGCGGGGAGCGCUCAGGGUUAUUAUCCCCCCCCCACCUCGCCUCCGGGUCCGGCUAAUAAUCCGCGCUCCAGGAGCUCAUGAGCAGGGAGGCAAGUGUCAGGCUGAUGUGCCUGAGCCGGGCGAGGGCCGGCGGGGCCACGUGAAGAGGCUGCGGUCCCGGGGAGCCUUUUCCGCCCAAACCUGAGCCCUGGGGGAGAGGGGAGAGGCUGGGGCGCUGCGAUGAGGCGCAGAAAGAUCGCGGUGGCCGCCGGCUGCUGCCUCUCCUUCUUCCUGGGCACUUUGCUGAACGUGUUGUUCAUCCCGGGCUUUGAUCCUCACCAGCAGCAGCCGCGGCGCGGGGUCACCCCGGCGUUUGCGGGCUCGCCUUUGUACUGGCCAGGGGAGGACCGCGAGAGCCAGCGCUUGGAGUUAGCCCGGCAGAUCAGGGAGCGCUACGAGGAGGUGGUCCGCUACCAGAAGCACCAGGCGCCCGCGGCUGCUGCCAGGCGGCUGGUGAGACCGCUGGAGCGGCGGCUGAUGGACCUUGCCCAGCAGCGGACCUCCUCGGAGCAGACUCUUCGGCUGGAGAAGGGGAAAGCGCCGCAGGCUGAAAGCCGCGGGGGCUCCUAUCCCGAAGCCAAAGUAGACCUGGCUCUGAACCCCCCUCUGCUGGGGUGCCGAGACAUCCACAAUGUCACCAGCCUGCAUUACUUGGGCUCCGGCUACACCAAAGCUGUCUACAAGGUCGUUCUGAACCGCACGCUGGCCGUGGCGCUGAAAUCGGUCGAUUUUGGGGGGCACGACAUCGAGAACUGCGUGAAGCAAUACGCGGCGUUAGAAGAUUGCUACCGGCUAGCCUCCUACAAAAUCGUCAAGGAGAUGAUCCUCCUGCAAAGGCUGCAGCAUGCCAACAUCCUCCAGCUCUAUGGCUACUGUUAUCAGGAUAGCAAUGACAUCCCAGACACGCUGACUGCCAUCACUGAGCUAGGCUCACCACUGGAGAUGAUUCAGCUUUUACAGACCUCUUGGGAGGACCGAUUUCGAAUAUGUCUCAGCUUAGUUCGGCUUUUGCAUUAUUUGGCUCACUCUCCGCUUGGCUCCGUGACACUGUUGGAUUUUCGCCCUCGACAGUUUGUGAUUGUAGAUGGAGAGCUGAAAGUGACAGAUUUGGAUGAUGCCAGCAUAGAAGAAAGCUCUUGUACCAGUAACCGUGACUGUUUUAUAGAGUUUCCAGCAAAAAAUUUCACUCUUCCCUGCUCUGUGGAGGGCCGAUGUCGAAAUAUGAAUGAAAAGAGGAAUCUUUACAAUGCAUACAGGUUUUUUUUUACAUAUCUUCUGCCACACAGUGCUCCAUCCUCCUUAAGACCAUUAUUGGAUAUGAUAGUCAAUGCGACAGGAGAACUCCACUGGGGAAUAGAUGAAACAGUGGCUCAGCUAGAAAAAGUUUUGCAUUUAUACAAGAGUGGCACAUACCUACAGAACGCUACACGGAUGCUGAAAGCUGAGUACCAACAGAUACCUGAAGCUGCUAUUCCCGAUGAGAACUACAGGUGCUGGCCUUCUUACCAUCACAAGGGCUGCCUCCUCUCUGUGUUCGAUGUCGGCGAAGCCAUCGAGGUCUGCGAGAAUCACUCCCAGUGCAAAGCUUUUGUCCUGACCAACCAGACAACGUGGACAGGUCGGCAGCUUGUCUUCUUCAAAAUGGGCUCAAAUCAUAUUGUGCCUGAUCCUGACAAGAUAACAUAUGUGAAAGUGACAGGCUGACAGCUUAAGUGGCUUAGUCUGACUUGUAAAUGACAGGAGCUGUUUGUGUAUAAAUAUAGACAGCUGUUACGUACAAGAUGUCUGCGGGAGGGAGAGAUAAUUGCACUAUUACUCAUUCUAAUCUAGAGUGCUAAGCAAAACUUUAAAGAAAUGACCUGCAUGACCAGGAUGAAUGUGCAAUACAACAACAUUUUCAAAAUGUGAUUUUUAAAACAAAACAAAAAAUACAAAAUGUGAUACACUGUUGGAAUAUAAGUUGGGUUUUAAAGCAGUAAUCUAGUCUUUCUAACCAAGGUUAAUGGUCUGUACACAUUUGCACAGAGUUGGAAGUUCAUAAUUUCCAUAGGAAGUCUGGGUCCUCUGCCAUGAUAUUUAUUUAGACAAGUACAAUCACUACAGAGUUAAUGAAGCUUAUCAGUUACAAAGCUAAAUAUCAAAUGUUAUAGAAGACAAUCAACAUUUGUGUCAAUGUUAUCAGAUAUGCAAGACCAAAAACAUUUGUAGAAAUACUAUGGGCCUGUCAUCAAUGGAACUCAGCCAUAUUUAUAAUUUCAAAAAUGUAGCCAAUUUUCAUUUUGUUUGAAAAGUUUAUGAAAACAUUUCUUUAAUUUAAGAAAGCCAUAUUUCAGUUGUUUAGGCCCUGAUCCAGCAAAGCACUUAAGCAUAUGGCAACUUUAAGCAUGAGUAGUCCCACUGAAGCCAGGGGG